UUCAUGUGCUUCCUUCAUCUCGGUUCUUCCCACCAGAGAUUUCUGAGGACCAUAGAAAGACAUGGACCACAAUAUCAAGAAUGAAUUCUUCACUGUUGAGAUUGCUCUUCACCACCAUGUCCAAUAACUCUGGUUCCGACCUAUAAAUGCUUGAGCAGUAGCUGAAGCAGGAGGGAGAGACUGCUUUGUUUCAGUAUGCCGACUGCAAUUUUCCGGGCCAUCUCAUUCUUAUCGGUGGCGCUCCUGCUUCUUCCUGUUUCUGGCCUGAACCAUGAAGGCACCGCCCUCCUCGCGUGGCUGUCGUCCUUCAACUCUUCUCUCUCCUCCGCUCUGUUUUCCUCGUGGGAUCCAACCCACAGCAAUCCAUGCAGAUGGGCUUUCGUUUCUUGCUCCAGCAGCGGUCUGGUUUCAGAGAUUUGCAUCAGAUCCAUCAGCCUCCACACCACCUUUCCCUCCCAGAUUCUUUCCUUCAGGUCCCUCGCCAAUCUCGUCCUGUAUGACACAAACAUCACCGGAGAGAUCCCACGGAUGAUUGCUAAUCUGACUUCUCUGCUCACGCUGGACCUCAGAUUCAAUGCCCUCAGCGGGAAGAUCCCACCGGGGAUGGGAAACCUUUCGUCGUUGCGGUCUCUCUACCUCAGUUCCAACUCACUGAAGGGUCCGAUACCGCGGGAGAUCUGCAACUGCUCGGAGCUCAGAGUGCUCGAGCUUGUCGACAACCAGCUCACCGGGACGAUUCCAGCAGAGAUCGGACGGCUUUCUUCUCUGGAAAUCUUCCGUGCAGGAGGAAACUCCGGUAUAUCCGGAGAGAUCCCACCGAGCAUUUCGAACUGCAAAGGACUAGUUCUUCUGGGACUCGCAGACACCGCAGUCUCUGGCCGCAUUCCAUCCGGCAUCGGGGAAUUGAGAAAUCUAAGAACUCUCUCUAUAUAUACCUCCAAUCUGUCAGGAUCCAUACCACCAGAAAUAGCCAACUGUUCGGCCAUGGAGUAUCUGUUCCUCUACGAGAACCAGCUUAGCCAGGGGAUUCCAUCCGAGUUGGGCCUGCUGAAGAAUCUCAAAGUGAUCUUGCUUUGGAAGAACAAAUUCACUGGUGAUGUGCCGGAAUCAAUCGGCAACUGCACUGGUUUGACGGUCAUGGAUCUGUCCUUGAAUUAUCUGACGGGUGAAGUUCCAAGCUCGUUCGCCAAGCUGAUGUCUCUGGAGGUGUUUCUGCUGUCUUACAACAACAUCUCAGGAAGAAUCCCAGGUUUCGUGGGGAACCUUUCGAGACUGUCACAGUUAGAGCUAGAUAAUAACAGGUUCUCCGGUGAAUUGCCAACAGGAAUCGGACAGCUGAAAGAGCUGACUCAGUUCUUCGCAUGGCAGAAUCAGCUCCAUGGAAAUGUACCUUCCGAACUAGGUGGCUGUGGAAAGCUCGAAUCUUUGGAUCUUUCCUACAACUUCCUCACCGGUUUCCUGCCGGUUUCUCUGUUCAGGAUCAAGAGCUUGACGGAGCUCAUGCUCAUCUCUAACGGCUUCUUCGGUGAUCUACCUCCGGAUAUCGGAAACUGCACCAAAUUGGUCCGGCUGAGGCUCGGAUUCAACAGGUUCUCAGGCAGAAUGCCAGCGGAAAUCGGGCACCUGCGCAAUCUGAGCUUCCUCGAACUGUCCGAGAAUAUGAUCUCCGGUGAGAUACCGUCCGAGCUCGGAAACUGCACUCGACUCGAAAUGAUCGAUCUGCAUGAGAAUCGGAUUCAAGGUACCAUCCCUUCCUCGCUCGAGCACCUUCAGCAGCUUAAUGUGAUCGAUUUGUCGAGGAACAGGAUCGCCGGACCGGUUCCUGAGGUGCUGGGUAAGCUCAGAACUCUGAGCAAGCUCAUGCUGGGUGGGAACUACCUAAGUGGUUCGAUCCCGAAGACCUUGGGCCUUUGCGGGGACUUGGAGUUCCUCGACAUGAGCAGCAACAGGAUCGCCGGUCCGAUCCCGGAGGAGAUCGGUUACCUGCAAGGGUUAGAUAUAGUGCUCAACCUGAGCUGGAACUAUCUCUCCGGUCCUCUUCCUCGAGGACUCUCGAAUCUGUCGAAGCUGACCAGCCUCGAUGUCUCGCACAACAUGCUGACGGGAUCGUUGGAUGUGCUCGGCGGGCUCGACAACCUCGUAUUUCUCGAUGUCUCUUACAACAAUUUCUCGGGGUAUCUCCCUGAAACGACGUUCUUCCGGCAGCUGCCGGCUGCUUCCUUCGCCGGCAACCAGCAGCUGUGUGCCAACCGAAGUGACUGCCUCCUGCAGCUCAAGACGAGAAGCAAUCCUUCAAGACGAGCCAUCCUGAGCUGUGGGAUUGCACUAACAGUUGGCCUGGCAAUAAUGAUAGUUUGGCUACUGAUGUGGACUCGCAAACUAGCCGAGAGGAGAAGGAAGGAAGGCCAUGGAGACUGGCAAUGGGACUUCACAGUCUUCCAAAAGGUGUCUUUCUCGGUCGAUGACGUAGUGCAGGGGCUGUCGGAGACUAACGUCAUCGGAAGAGGUUCUUCAGGAGUAGUCUACAGAGUUGAGACCGGAGCUGGCCUCACCAUCGCCGUGAAGAAGCUGCGGGCGGAGAAGAAGAACGAGCAGCUUCAGGAGAGGGAUUGUUUCACCACCGAGGUGAAGAUUCAUGGCUCCAUCAAGCACAAGAACAUAGUGAGGCUUCUGGGUUGCUGCGUGAACAGACACGACGACACUCGCCUGCUCAUAUUCGAUCAUAUCAGCAACGGGAGUUUGGACGAUUUGCUUCACGGAAGCACUAAGAUGACGGUGGCGUGGGAGUCGAGGUACAAGAUCGCACUCGGUGCAGCUCAGGGCUUGGCUUACCUCCACCACGACUGCAAUCCUCCCAUCAUUCACCGCGACAUCAAAGCUCGGAAUAUCUUAGUCGGCCUCGAAUUCGAACCCUAUCUUGCGGAUUUCGGACUCGCGAAGCCUGUCGAUCGUUCCGGGAGGACGAUGCCCUGCGGCGUCGUCGCUGGCUCUUACGGCUACAUCGCUCCGGAGUACAGCUACAGCCCAAGGAUCACCGAGAAGAGCGACGUGUAUAGCUACGGCGUUGUUCUCCUGGAGAUCUUAACCGGCCUGCAACCGAGCGAUGCGAGGAUCCAGGGAGCGCAUAUCGUGGACUGGGUGCGGAGAGAACUCAGGGCAGCUAAUUCUCCGGCGGCCGCCGUCCUGGACGGAAGUUUGAGGAAUCAAACGGACGUGGAGGUGCAGGAGAUGGUCCAGGUGCUCGGCGUGGCGCUGCUGUGCGUGAAUCCGGCGCCAGAGGAGCGGCCUUCCAUGAGGGACGUCGCAGCUUUGCUCAGGGAGAUCAGAAUAGUGAGCCGACAUCUGCAGGGAGCCGGUGAUCACCCGGAGAAAGGCUUUGAAAACUGUGCCAAUGCCGCAGCAUGCAGUAGCUUCUCCCGAGCCUCAGUGCCCAUGAUAAGCUCAUCAUCUUCGACGUCAUCUUCCCUGUAGUCGUGGAUCACGGGUGGCUUCAUUCAACUGCAUCAUCUCAAGAUGUUUCAUGAACUUGGCUUUGUAAUUUAUUGAUUCUUUUUCUCGUGGUUUUAUUUUUUGGUAAUCCGUGCUAAAGAUCUCGUAACAUUAAGCCACCGGAUCAUGCAAUUUGAGUUCAAGUCUUCCAAAUUUGCCACUUUA